GUCCAACUGCCCGAAGGAGUAACACCAUUUAUGCAUAUUACUCAAAAUGAAUUUAUAUGGCGAAAGCAUAAGAAACCGAGAGAAGAGGAUAUUGCUAUAUGUGAAUGCAAGUAUGAUGCAAGUGAUCCUAAUAGUGCAUGUGUAGGAAGAUGUUUGAAUUUAUUAACAAACAUUGAAUGUACACCGGGAUACUGUCCGUGUGGUGAAACUUGCAGAAAUCAGAGAUUCCAGAAAUGUGAAUAUGCAAAAAGUAAGUUGUUCAGGACUGAAGGGCGUGGUUGGGGUCUUUUAGCUGAUGAGAAUAUAAAGGCUGGACAGUUCAUCAUUGAAUGUUGUGGAGAAGUGAUAUCAUUUGAAGAAGUAAAGAAAAGAUCUCAGGCAUAUGAAUCUCAUGACCUCAAGGACGUGUACAUAAUUUCUGUGGAUGGUAAUGAUUUCAUUGACUUCACCCGGAAGGGAAGUCUUGCAAGAUUCAUAAAUCAUUCAUGCAGUCCAAAUUGUGAAACAAGUAAAUGGAUAGUGUCGGGGGAAACAAGGGUAGGUAUAUUUGCGAAGCAAGAUAUAUCUGUUGGAAUGGAGCUGACAUAUGAAUAUAGUUUUGAGUGGUACUACGGGGGUGCAAAUGUUCGUUGUCUGUGUGGAGCUGCAAACUGUUCCUUAUUUUUGGGUGCCAAGUGUCGACGAUUCCGGGAGUACAACCAUGUCUGGGAAGAUGGGGAUGACAGAUAUAUCGUGGAUGAUCUUCCAGUUUAUGACUCAACAGAUGAUGAAUCUACUCUAGUGAUCUGUAUAACUAGUGGAGGAAAUGAGCACACAAAGAUAUUGAAUGACGGUAAGGGGUCUACGUUCAAGUGGGAACCAACUAAUAGCGCAACCAAGAAGUCUCAACGGAAACCCAAGCUGAAGCGAUUAAAAACUGCUGACCCGGGUUGGAAAUAUGGGAAAAGAGCAAGCGAGACCAAUAAGGCCGCAGUUGAGUGUAACUUUUGUAAAAAAGUUACUAAUGGCGGAAUCUUUCGUCACAAACAGCACCUUAUUGGUACUUGCAGGGACGUCUCACGGUGUGAACAAUGCCCAGAUGCUGUAAGGGAAGAAAUGAAGAAAUAUGUUGAUGUAAAGAAGGAACAAAAAUGUCAGGCUUUACUUCAAGCGGAUGUGACUAAUACUAGUGAUGAUAAAGAUGAAGAUAUGGAAGAAGGUGAAGCUACUGAAUAG